AUGUCCUCCCCUUUUCUCGAUAUUCAAGGCAAUCCGAUCCCUCAGGAGCAGGUUCUCGGGAGUGGCGGCUCUUCAGUAGUUCUCCUUCAUAAUGGUGUGGCCGUCAAAACUCCUCUAAGAUAUCUUUGGAGCUCAAACGCCGACGUCAAAGCGAACGUUGCGAGUCUCAGACGCGAACAGGAUGUCUAUCGUCGCUUGCAAAACCCUGGAGAUGAACGCUCUGAAGGUGUUGUCCGUUGUAUUGGAUUUUCAACUGAAGCCACGCAGCUGGCUUAUAUGGUCAAUGGAGAUCUACGGGCAUAUCUUGCAAAAUGUCGCCCGUCUCACCGGCUGCAACUCAAAUGGUUCAAUCAGAUGGCUCGCACGCUUAGUUAUAUUCAUGACAGGCGUGUGCUUGUUGCAGAUAUCGCCAGUCGAAAUUUUCUUCUUGAUUCCGAUCUGUCCCUCAAAAUCUGCGAUUUCUCAGAAGCAUCUCUCCUUCCAAUGGAUUCUGAUAUGGAGGCUGUGGAUGAUAAUGGAUUCACGAUCCGAAUUGACAUUGGCCUCCUCGGAACAGUCAUGUACGAAAUUGUCACUGGCAACAAGUGUGAAAUCGAUCUCUUCAAAGAUAACUCUCCCACCGACGGCCGAGCUCAUUGGCCAGAGAGGAGGUUCCUACCAAGUACACGGGGAAUCUGGCUUGGCUGGAUCAUCGAAGGCUGCUGGAACGGAGAAUUUUCCAGCACUCACAGCCUCCUGCAGGCAUUAAAUUCUAUCAGCCCACGCCGCUUCCCAUCCCCAGCUGCUGGGUCGCGCACUUGUCACUUCCUGGUCUCUAUCAAGGACACUAUGAGAGAUCGACCUAUUACGACUAUUAUUGGAGCCUUGGGUUUGGCAGUGUUUAUUCUGAUCGUAGGAAGAAAAGCAUUCUUGAAGUCACGGGGCCUCCGUCUUUCUUUAUGA